CGAUGACUCUCGCCAGGAUCGGACAAGGUGCGCUCGCCGCAGCAGCGAGGCAGAGAAUCUGGAGCCCUAGACAGCCCGCGCUUGCUGCUGGCAGCUUGAGGAGCUACGCAUCGGGCCCGACGAGAAACACCCAGCAGCGCAAAGCUCCGACCUCGUCGUCGGGCUCCCCAUCCGUCGAGGAUGCUCAGGAGAUGGGCGCCAUGACAUCGGCUGCGGAUCUGCAUCCGCUCCCGUCGAGCGUCAAGGGCGCCGCUGCUCCACCCCGUACCGGCGGACCUCAACUUUCGGCCUCGGGCAACUCGACGGCGCCCGAGGACCUCUCUUCGCGGCCGGCUGCUCCAGGCCCCUCGGCGCCCGUCACGGACGCAUCCGUUGCGGCCCCGCACCUGGCGCGAAACGGCGGCAACGGCAACAGCUUCACGAGCUCGUCUGAUGACAGCUUCAACCAUGACUGGGCAACAUCGUUCCAGGGCAUGUCUACUCAGCCGUUUCCCAGAGAGGUGGCCGAGAUCCUCGAAGCGCCCAUCAACGAGGAAGACGUCGAGAUCAAGCCCGACGGGCUGCUGUACCUGCCAGAGAUCAAGUACCGGCGGAUUCUCAACCGGGCCUUUGGCCCAGGAGGGUGGGGUCUGGCGCCGCGGGGAGAGACAAAUGUGGGCGACAAGAUUGUCAGUCGAGAGUGGGCUCUUGUCUGCCUUGGUCGGUUCGUAUCGACUGCGCGUGGCGAGCAAGAGUACUUUGACCCAAGCGGCGUCGCGACGGCGUCCGAGGCCGCCAAGUCCAACGCCCUGAUGCGGUGCUGCAAGGACCUCGGCAUCGCCCAUGAGCUCUGGAGCCCGAGGUACAUUCGCAACUUCAAGGACCGCAUGUGCGUCGAAGUGUUUGUCGAAAACACAAAGACCAAGACAAAGCGCAAGCUCUGGCGAAGAAAGGACGGGCCCAAAUUUGAGUACCCUUGGAAGGAGACUUGAUCUACUUUCCGAAACGCAUGUAUAGACAAAAGCCACCGUUCAUGACGUUGCCCAAGUAAGGACAGAAGCCUUUUUCCAGAGAAUAUUUUGAAUCAAGAGAUGAAAUAGGAAGAGAGAGAAGAGCGUGUGUCUGUGCAUGUGUACAUGG